AUGACCAGCAAGGACAAGGGCCCAGGACCAAGGUCCCUACAGGACAGGACCAGCAAGGACCAAGACCAGGACCAGCAAGGACCAGCAAGGACCAAGGUCUGGGACCAGGACCAGGACCAGGACCAGGACCAGGACCCGGGACCAGCAAGGACAAGGGCCCAGGACUGGGUCCCAGGACCAAGGUCUAGGACCAGGGACAACAUGGACAGGUCCCAACAUGGACCAACAGGACCAGGACCAGGACCAGCAAGGACAAGGGCCCAGGACCCAAGGUCCCAGGACCAAGGUCAGGACCAAAAAGGACCAGCAGGACCAAGGACCAGGACCAACAAGGACCAGCAAGGACCAAGGUCUAGGACCCAAGGACAGGACCAAAGACCAAGGACCAAGACCAGGACCCAGGACCAAGGACCAAGGACCAGCAAGGACAAGGGCCCAGGACCAAGGUCUAGGACCAAGGACCAACAAGUACCAAGGACCAAGGACCAGCAAGGACAGCAAGGACCAAGGACCAGCAAGGACCAGGACCUAGGACCAAGACCAAGGACCAGCAAGGACCAGCAGCUUGGGUCCAAGGACACCACAGGACCAAGGUCAGGACCCAGAAGUCAGGACCAAGGUCCAGGACUGGACAGGUCCAGGACCAGGACAAGGACCAGGCCAGGACCAGGACCAAGGACCAGGGCCAGGACCAGGACCAGGACCAACAGGUCCAGGACCUACAAGGACCAAAGGGCAAGGACCAAGGUCCAAGGACCAACAAGGUCCAAGGACGUACAAGGAACAAGGUCAAGGACCUACAAGGACCAAGGUCCAAGGACCAAGGACCAAGGACCAAGGACCAAGGACCAAGGACCAAAGACCAAGGACCAAGGACCAAGGACCAACAAGGACCCUGCCCAGUUCUAUCCCGGUUCUAUCCCGGUUCUAUCCCGGUUCUAUCCCGGAUCUAUCCUGGAUCUAUCCCGGAUUUAUCCCGGAUCUAUCCCGGAUCUACGCCCAGAUCUUUUCCGGAUCUAUCCCGGUUCUAUCCCGGUUCUAUCCCGGUUCUAUCCCGAACCUAUCCCGGAUCCAUCCCGGAUCUAUCCCGGAUCCAUCCCGUAUCUAUCCAGGAUCUAUCCCGGAUCUAUCCCGGAUCUAUCCCGGAUCUAUCGCAGAUCUAUCCCGGAUCAAGGACCAUGGACCAAGAACCAAGGACCAAUGACCAAAGACCAAGGACAUAGGACCAAAGACCAAGGACCAAGGACCAAGGACCAACAAGGUCCAAGGACCUACAAGGACCAAGGUCCAAGGACCAAGGACCAAGUACCAAGGACCAACAAGGACCAACAAGGUCCAGGACAGGACCAACAAGGACCAGAAACCAACAGGAACCAGAAACCAGCAAGGACCAAGGACCAGCGGCCAAGGAGCAAUGACCAGAGCAGGACCAGGACCAGGACCAGGAGCAGCUGA